CGCUGCGGGUGAAGUUCGGCUAUCUGAUUUGCCGCCCGCGAUACGGCGAAACCCUAGCUCCACAGCGCCGUUGCAUGGAGUCCCAGCGAUACAACUACGGCAGCGGCGCCGGCACCGGCGGCAAAAUCCGCCGCUACCCUCCCUCUCGCGCCGUGGCUGCGUCACCAUAUGCUCGACCGGCCACCGCCCCGACCCACGCUCCUGGAACCGCCACGGCGGCGGUUUCGCAUGAGGGCGGGUGGCUGUCCCGGAUCAUAGCCGCCGGCACCUCGCGAUUCCUUCCCUCCUUGUUCAGCUUCAGCACGUCUCAACCUCAGCAAGCCGCGCCGGCCCCGUCGCCAACGCGCGACCAGCUGCCAGUCGUCGAGCCGCCUUCGCCGCUUCCCCCACCUUUAGUGGAUGAUCGUCCAGAAUGUGAAGAAAACGGUGGAGUGGCUGCCAAUAAUUUGUGUACUGAAAAUCCUCAAAGUUGUACCAAGGAAGAGGAAGAAAACAUGCUAAGAAAUUCUGAUGACCAUGGUGGAACGGCUCUUGAAGAAUUAUUGAAGCAGAGAACUUUCACGAGGAGUGAGUUUGAAUAUUUGGCCAAUUUGUUAUGGUCUAAAACUAUUGGAGCAAAUUCACUGAAGCUAGAAGAUGGUAACGUCAGGAAAAUGAUUGUUUAUGACAAAGAAAAUGCCUCGGAAUACUCCAACUUACCUCUUAAUUUUUCCACUACAACAUUCAGCGCUGAUGAUCAAGUUGCCACGCCUGCAGAAAUUGCAAAAGCUUAUAUGGGUUUAAAAUCUUCCAAGGGUUCCCCUCUACGCCUUAGAUUGCACGAUCCCUCCUCUAUGCCUAUCACAUCUAUGGAAGUUAGUAUGUCACAAAAAGCUAAGCCUCCCACAAUCCCACUUGCCCAAGGCUCAAGAUUGCAUACUUCCAAAACUUCUGAUUGUCUUGAAAGCAACUACACAACACCGAAUGGAGUAAUCUGCAAAAUGUCAUCAUCUCCUUAUUUCAAGAGUGGUGUGUCUUCAAAGGAGCUAUUUGGUUCUGUAUCUUCACAUUACCAGACCUCAAAUAGUGUUCAUACUUUUGGCAGACAGGUUUUGAAGAGGAAGAGUACUGUCAGCAAUGAGUUUGUAUCUGCUGGUCCGAUACGCAGAAUUCAUCAAAGAUACAACAGAACAUCACCACUGUUGGAAACACAGCUGGGUUAUCGUAGAUACCCUGUGGGCUAUGGAAGCAAACUCGAAGGUUCUGAGCAAUUGGCACGGACUCAAAAACGCCGGUGUCUGGAUAAAGUUGGUGAUGCCAGUCUCGGUAGCGUAGAGGACAAAACUAAUGUGAACUAUCCUGGUCAGGUGCCAGAGAAGUCAGCUGAGAUGGCAACUAAGAUACUGAAGCAGCUUGACACAUUAGUACCUUCACAGAAGGAAAACACAUCAGAAACAAAGCAGAAACAUGAGAGUGCCAUAUAUUUCGAGGAAGAUGUUUCUCGACAAAAGAAAGUACAAGCAGAGAGAGAUCUUUUGGAACCUUCUCCAUCAGAAGUACCUGAUGGUAUUGCAUCGAACAAAUCAAUCUCACAAAUUACCUUGAACAAGGAAAAGCCUCCAGCCUUUUCUUCCAGAGGUAAUGCUCCCAAUCUGGUAUUAUCUGAUGAAAUUGGACGAAGCAAAAUGUCCACUCCAGGAAAUGGCUUCACCUUCCCUGCCCCGACUGUCAACAAUGCCUACUCACAGGGCCCUCCAACACCUACAUUGACAUCUCCUAUACUAACAGUUGAAAAGCAGCCUUCAGUAUUCUGCAGUGCUUCAGUCACUUCUGCACAAAGUGACCCUAGGAUUUCAAAAUCAGUUUUGGGAGGACCAGUUACACAGAAAUUAGAAAGCAAGUUAAAUGGAGAUAAUCAACGAGUGCCUUCCAAGAAUUCUGGACAAGUUGCAUCUUUCACAAGUAAUCCUGUAUUUAAGGUUGAUGGCCCUGGGCAUGCGUCAAACUCUGUUCUCUCAGCUGUACAAUCUUAUAAUACAUCAACUGGCUCAGUUUCAUUUCAAAGUGCUGGCUCUUCUACCAUCUCCACUAACUUAACUUCAAACAUUACACAGAGCUGUUCAACUGGAGGCAGUUUCACUUUCUCCAAUACUCGUUUUGGUAGUUUAUCGGCAACCUCAAAUAUGUUUGCAGCAAAAUCUUUAGCGUUGUCUUGUACAGCAAGCCCCGGUGCUUCUUUGGGUUUCCCUCCAGUUCAUACUGCAAGUUCUCCAGCUGCUCACCGCAAAUCUGAAGCAGCAAAUAGCAGUAUCAGUUUUAGUUCCAUGCAGCAGUUUGGCAUUGCAGGUUCUUCCACAGUGCAGGACAAAUCCAAGGCAGUAGACAGCAGUACCCCUUUUGGCUUUCCCCAGAAGUUUGACACCGUGAGUUCCGCUUCAGAGGAUAUGUCCAAGGCAGACUCUCCUGAGCCGACAUUUUUUUCUGGGAAUCAUAAUGUGCAAUCAGAAAAUUGCAGUUCCCUGUUCACACAGAGUCCAGGAAAUAAUUUGAGUUCCAAAUCUUCAGAAAAUUUGAACUCUGGAAGCUCGCAUAGUUUUGCAGAUUCACCAGUUGGUUCAGCAACAAUGUGCUCUAGCCCUUCGAAUUCAAACUCUCUGUUUUCUUGGGCUGCUGGCUCAGGUGCAAGAACUGCUCCACCAUCUUCCCCUGCUACAAGCUCAUCUUUUGCUUUUAGUUCCAGUCCAGCAUUUUCAGCACAACCAGUAUUCGCCAGCAAAUUGACUACACCUGCUUCACUUUCAUAUGGCUCACCAAAUACUGGCCCUGCUACAUCACCAUUCAGCUCAAUGCCAAGCGCUGUAUUUUCAUUCACGUCAGCUACUCCUUCAAUACCAAAUCCAUCACCCACAACACCAAUAUUUGGUGACCCUACUGUACAGAUGAAUGGAGGGAACAUAGUUAUUGACAGGAAUGGGUCCCCUUCCCCUGCAACUUCGCCAUUUGGCUUGCCAAGCAGCUCUCCAUCGACUCCAACUUUCAGUACGCCUGCAACUCAGUUUGCUUCUAGUACAUCAGGCUCACCUGGAGUUUUUGAAAUUGGCAAGUAUAGUCAAGCUUCUUCAGGUGGGUUCUCAAUGGGCCCUAGUGGUGGCAACGACAAAUCAAACAGAAGAAUUGUCAGAGUUAAGAGAAGGAAAUGAAAUACCAAUAUUUUUCAAGUUGCUCUGAGCAUUUAUAAGACUAAGGCAAUCAGCACGUAGAACUUUUUGUUUCACAUCAUUUGUCUGCGGUGGCAAUGAGAAUGAGAUGCCAUUCUUAAAUUGAUGAUCACAAUUCUGGCACAGUAGCAGCAAUGGAACUAGCCUUUUCGCGAUACGGUCGCCCAUGACAUUUUGUUGUACGGUUUGUCACAACAAUGCUAUAAUGAAAUAUAUAGGUACUUCUCCAACUUGUAUUAAACAUGUUCAGCGAUCAAGCUGCCCUUUUUUUGUGCAAUUGGAUCCUGAAACUAAAUUUCAU